UGACAAGUGGGUCACAGCGAAGCGGUCAGCCUCGCACGGCAUUGACGGAUAGAAGAACUGGAACGCUUGAUGUUGGCAGCUUUGCAAACGCCCAUCUUGGACGAGCAUGCGAAGUCUGAAGUGCGACCAUGCCUGAUAGUGAGAGGGUGCAUACAUGAUGGAAUUUGAAGAGUCUCGUCGCCUACGUCAUGACGUCGCCAAGAGCCGCCCAAGGAUAGCAUCUACCUCGGAUUUGGCGUUGCCCGCAAACUUUCCUUCCCAAUGCUGCUCCGGACGCCGUGCAAACCUCGCAUCGCCUGGAGACACACAAAUCGCAUACAAUGGCGACGAAUAUCGCUGCGAUGCUAUUCUUCCGCCAACUCGGGCGAUCCGCCAUGGUUUCAACAGCUGCAGAGCGAAUUGCUGCAACGAGACGUUACUCAUAUUCGUGACCAACUCACCUACACGCACGGGAUCAAGCUCUCGCAAACAUUAGCGGGAUUCUUACCUCGAUCAUGGUGCCGUUCCCUGAACUACAGCGGUUCACCGAUGACUUUUGGGGAUCACUUGGUAUGGUUCAAUCCGGCGGAGCCGACUCUCCAAUUACUUCCAGACGGCACAGACGCAACACAUAGCCCAGGCGAGCCAUGGGUGCGGCGCAUGUGGGCUGGCGGCUCGAUACAGCUGAAACCUAAUGGCUAUCUUGACUACGCUCGCUGCUGUACAGCAGGCACGGUCAUGGCUGGUACAGAGCAGAUAAAGCAUGUACGACUACAUGGAGAGGGCGAUACCGCCAAGAUCUUUGUCACAAUCGAGCGGCGCUUUGCAGGCCUUGAAGAUGCAGAGAGAGGUGUCGACAAGGGGAAGCAUGGCAACAGACCACCGGGCGUCAGUGUGCACCCUCAAGAGGCCCGGGGAGAUCUCACACAGCAAUCGCGCGCUGAGGUCGACGAUGGCUGGGGCGAUGCUGUUCUAAAAGAGGAGCGCAACCUAGUCUUUUUCAAGGAACGUACCGCUGCAGAACUCGAGGCUGUCAAAGCUGGUCAAAUGGCGACUGUCAAGUACUUAGAUCCCCCUGGAAACCCCGACUUUUCACACACCCUCACGCCGAACCGCGCCCUUCUCUUCCGCUUCUCUGCUCUCACAUUUAACGCCCAUCUCAUCCACCUCGAUCCCGACUACGCUCGUAACGUCGAGGGCCACCGUAAUCUGCUAGUUCACGGGCCGCUUUCAUUGACCCUCAUGCUGAAAACGGUGAAUCAUUACGUGCACCAACAAACGAAAGGGAAGCAAGUUUCAGAGUCCAUAGAAUAUCGCAACCUAGCACCGCUUUAUUGCGACGAGGAAAUGCGCAUAUGCUGUUCGGAGAAGAAGAAGUUGCAGAAUGGCAGUAUAUACGAUGUAUGGAUUGAGGGGCCUACUGGUGGUGUUGCUGUCAAGGGCACUCUUCGCACCACAACAAAUGAUGCUUGGACAAAAAAGGAUACCAGCAUCGCCCAAACACAUAGCGCCACACCAACUGAUGAGCUGAAGACGAAAUGGCCUUCAUUCAAAAGGCCUGAACACCCUAAGCUCAAAAGGAAGUUACUCAACACGACCAACAGAGCUAGGAAGAUGGCUAAGAGCUCUAAGAAUGGUACUCAGGUUCACAUCGCAUCAGGGGACCAGCGGCCAUCGCAAGACUCGCCGACGCCUCCAAGCUCAGAGCCUAAGACAAAGCCUGAGCCCUCUGCACACCCUGAGUCCUCGACAAGUUUUGAGCCUUCUACUCAGAACCAAGAGAAGUGAAUUCCGCAAUGGCGCACGAAACAAACCGAGCAUACCGCCGCAAACGUGCCCAUAACACCAA